AUGUCUGUGCUGUUGUCCUACGGAAGUUAUUUGGGAUACGGUAUUCUCGAUCGAAGGUUACAGGAUGCCUUAGUCCUAACUUAUUCCUCCACCGUGCCCGCUAAACACUGGGCUGAAGGAACUGACUGGGCGAUGUAUUUCCAAUUAUGGGGAUUUGCGAUUGCGGAUGAUAUUGUUGUUGGAGCAGUCUUCCUGCUGGCAGUGCUCACCGCACCGCUUCCGUUUGCUAUGCUCCUUUACCACCUAUACUUAAUCUGGAGCGGAAUGACCACCAAUGAGAGCGCAAAGUGGGGUGAUUGGCGAGACGACAUUGCGGACGGACUUGUAUUCAAGGCGAAGAAAAGCGAAAUAUACCCCCAAAGGCAUCCGGAUGCUGACAUCGUGGAGCCGGAUAUUCCUUGGCCGAUUAAUACGGACCACACCCUGAUUUUUACAAGCGAUGGAAGUCCUCCUAGAGUUGGAUUCUCUCUGGACGGGGAAUGUACUUCCAUCACCCAACCCGGGAAGCUGGGCACGGCUCCCGAUCCAAGAUGGCGAAGGGUACAGAGACUUGAGGAUGUUGUGAAUGUAUAUGAUCUUGGAUUCUGGUCGAAUUUAAGGGAGGCACUACGCAUUCGUCGAUGA